GUGUGAGCUGCAAUAGGCCUAUAGCAUCGGGCAGCAGCAGGUUGUUGAAUCACUUCCUGCACUAACGUUUCCUUCUCCUGCUGCUACGGCUGCGCUGCCUGUCAUAGGAUCAUCAAUAGCGAUUAUUAACAUUUAUCUCCUGGGACUGCAUGGAUCGCUGUGUUGAAGUGUUUUAAUGACUUCAGAGAGAUUCACUUACUGAGCUCAUGGCAACAGCAAAUACAAAUCAGGGAGGAUCCCCGGAGGAGUCAAGCGUUCCCUCUGAGAACUACUCAUUGAGGUCCGAAGAGUCGAGGCUGGGGUCUGAGGAAUCCAGAAGGAGGUUGUCGAGCCCCACGGUCUCCUGGGAUUCAGAGCUAGCUUCCAUCAGGCACAGGUUAAAGUUUGUGUUGAAGCUGAAGGAGGAAUUUGUUUGUCCAAUCUGCAGAGGGGUGGUGCUCAAUCCCCAGCAAAACUCCUGUGGUCACAUCUACUGCUUCCACUGUCUCCAAGGACUAUUGGAGAGUUCAUCACCUUCCAACCCAGUUUGCCCAGUGGACAGAGCUGUGAUCACACCAACUGAGGUUUUCCAGGAUAACUGCUGCAAACGUGAAAUUUCCAGUUUAGAAGUGUACUGCACCAAUGCCCCAACAUGCACGGCUAUUUUCACAUUAAACGAUCUGCAGGAGCACCUGAAGUCGUGUCAAUAUGAGCAGGUGCAAUGCACCAAUACAAGCUGCAUUGCAGUGUUACAGAGGAGGCACUUGCAGGAACACCUGACCAACAUCUGUCCAUACCGCAGGGAACCCUGCCCACACUGCAGGCAGCUGUUCCAGCUCAGCCUCAUUCAGGCUCAUGUGCAGAGCUUGUGUCCAGAUGUCAAGGUAGACUGUCCUGAAGGCUGUUCCCAAAAGGUCCCCAGACACAAGCUGACCAGUCAUAGACAGUUAUGUCCUGAAGUUAACAGUGACUGCUGUUUUAAGAAAUUUGGCUGCUCUGUACAGGGUAAAAGAAGGAAUGCCAAGCUUCAUGAAGACAAAGCUAUCAAUCAUCACAUGCUGCUGGUCCUGAGGAGCAAUACCCACCUGGAACAACAAAUGGACGUUUUCCAAGAGGAUUCGCUGCUAAUGCAGCAGGAGGUCCAGACAGACACUUUGCUACUUACUGGUCUGCAGAAGCAAAUCAGACCACUUUUGCAGCUGAGCAGCAAUCAUGAGCACGCGGUCUCCAUGGCUCAGAGGACUCUUAGAAGGCAAGAGGAUACCCUGUCUUCUGUCCAGCUGGACCUCCAGCAGGUGUCUCGGGCGCUUCAUCCUCAUCUGGAGGAGCUAUCACAGCUCAGGAAGUCUCUGGAUGUUGCGAUGCAGGAAGUGUCUGAAGUUGAGGCCCUUAGAGAGCACCUAGGAACUUUGGAGGAGAAGUUAAAGCGUCACUCAGGCCUCCUACAUCUUCAUGCUGCUCAACUUAAUCUCAAUAAAAAGCACCUGCAGGAGCUUGAAGCGACAUCCUAUGAUGGGAAGUUGAUCUGGAAAAUUGAAGACUUUGGGAAGAGGAGUGGGGCAGAAGCCAAAGGUCAGCUGUCAUGCCUGACAAGUGUGCCAUUCUACACUGGACGCUGUGGAUACAAGAUGGCCAUUAAAGCCUAUCUGAAUGGGGAUGGGGAGGGAAGAGGUACUCACCUGUCACUUUAUGUAGUCCUCAUGCCUGGAGACUUUGACACUCUUCUGCCAUGGCCUUUCAAACAGACUGUGUCUCUCUCUGUUCUGGACCAAAGUGGUGCCUCUAACCAUCGGAGUCUCAGCUUCAGACCUGACCCUACCACCAAAUGCUUCCAACAACCCACUCCUGAAUCCCAGAGCAAUGUUGCUGUUGGAUUUCCUUGUUUUAUUUCCCACAAUAUGCUCGAAACUCCCCAAAAUGCUGUGUACGUUAAAGACAACACGCUAUUUGUGAAGGCUAAGGUGGAUAUGACAGGUUUUGAGCAGCUGUAAAAUUUCUUCAUUAUUUGAUGAUAAGCUUAAAUGACAAUAUUAACAAAGAUAUACCAUAGGAGUGGGGUCACAUGGCCAAGCCUUAAGAUGGCAGCAUAGUGGGAUUGCUACUAAGACAGUGUACAAACUUUCUAUAAAAAAAACCCUUGUAUACGCUAUUAGUGUGGUUUGUCUAAUGCUUCAUCUGUGAAACAGUGUGAAAUCUUUCCCGAAGAUGCAAGACAGGUGCUAAGACAACCCCUCCGAAUCCAGCACGCAACACAGAUGCUGACAUGGCUAGCAUAGCUGAAGUAUUGGAUGAGUUCAAAUCAAAUUUUGGAGCUAAGUUGGACAGCAUUGAUGUAAGACUGACAGCACUAGAGGGUAAAGUGUCUGAGACAUAUUGAACCAGACAGCUCAUAUCGAGGAGGCUGAAGCUCGCAUUGUCGAGGUAGAAAGUACUCUUGAAAAAACAAAAACAUCACUGAACUCUGCUAUCAAAAGAAUCCUACUUCUUGCAGCCAAAACAGAUGACUUGGAAAACCGGGGAAGAUGAAAGAACUUGUGCAUCUUUGGCAUAAGAGAGGGAGCAGAGGGGAAACAACCAGUCUUCGACUUUAUUAACAACAUGCUACCUAAAUGCUGGGGCUAGCACCCGACAAGUCAUUCACACUGGAACGAAUAGAUCGCACGCUAGCCUCCGGGAAACAGAACAGAGCGGUGCUGGUUGGUUUCUUAAAAUUCCAAGAGAAAGAACUGGUAUAUCGGGAAGCAAGAAAACAACAAAUUACACAAGAUCACAUUUGCAUAGGAUCUGUCUGCGGAAAUGGUUCGUAUCCUACGGGGAUUUUUACCAGGUUGUCAAGCUGCUUAUUGAUAAUAAUGCCUUCCGUGGAUUCCAGCACAACCCCUAUAGACCCAGGAUCCUGUACGAUGGAAAGAUCCACCUCUUCUCAACACCUCAAGAAGCUGAAAAUUUCUGUAAGAAUCUGCCAAAGGAAACAUGAGAAGAUGCCCAUGAUCAGUGAGUCGUAAAGGACAAGUUACUUAAACAACAGGUUAACCUUUAAGACAUUUAAUGAGACUGCUCCUGCUCUGACAUAACUGAUUAGCAACAGAGUCAUUGACAGGAGACAGAUAAUAUCUUGAUUUUGAAUUAAUGUGUAAUUUAUGUUAACAUACCUGGGCGCAUAUUAAAGCGCAUAUUCGUUCUCAGUUUAAUCUGAACUGUUUUGGGAUAUAUACUAACAGCUGAGCCUUAACUAAGUCAUUAUUUUUUGCUAUCAAGGCUAAACUUUAUUUUAUUAUGGAACAAAUUAGUACCUUUAUAUGAUUAGUAGACACUGUCUGAUUUAUGGGGCUUUAGUGAGGUUGUGUUGACUAGUUACUCCUCAGUGAUGUGGAUUAAUGCCCUCCAAAUAUUUUGUUCAAGGGAAGGGGGAGGCAUUUCUGACAAGUAAAUGCAAAUGUUCAAUCAGGGAUUGUUCUAUAUCUGGUAUGAGUGAGUAUGUGAAUGUAUGUGCAUCUUCAACUUUUCCCUUACUUUUUCUAUCUUAAGUACUGUUACGAAAUCAGUUUCACCCCGGUUCUUUUUAUUCCUCGAGCAUCCAGAGACGGCACCAGAACUCAGUAGUCGUUUCACAAAACCUUUAUUAAUCUUUAUUCAUCUUCAGUUAAGCAUGCAUCUUCUAGAAGGGGAGACGUGCAAGGCCGGUGUCCCUCUGCAGAUCUCCACUCCUUUGUCUGUGAAACGCAGUUUUAUAGAAGCGACCCCAUCAUAAAACCCCCAUGGUGUGCUGCAUACUCUGUGUCUGUGUGUGUAUGCACAAGCACGUGAGUGCCUGUUUGUGCGCAUACCCGUAUGUCUA